ACUGCCCGAUACUUCUUGCUGAAUGGCAAUGCUGGGAACUCUUUUGCUGAGCAAUACAGUAGCGGUUACCCGGAGGGCUGCGCUAUGUCCUGCUUUGCGAUGGAUUUGGCGGACCUCGUGUUCCACCUGUGCAUGCGGGCUUGCUCCCAGAUGACCACUCCAAUCGCCUAUGUGGACAACAUUGAGUUGAUGGAAAGUGCUGUGGAUUUGGAGGCAACUACGGUCUAUGGAAAGCGCCACCGCAUCACGGGUGCUUUGGACAGACUCAGUAGCAUCAAGCCACUUUGGGAUCUCCUGAAACACUUACCUGAUGCAGAAUGGAAGAAGCUACAGAUCCGCCAACAGUGCAUCUGGGCCAACUGGUUCAAAUGUGGGGCGACUUCAUGGCGCAGCACAAGGAAUCCAAACCAGAGACCCUUUGGGACAUCGAUAAAGGUCUUCACAUUGGUGGGAUGGAGCGUUGAAGUUCCUGGGUUUUAUGAUCAUUAUGGCUUUUGGGUCUCCUUCCUUGACACCACGGAUGGCAUACUUCGGUCGUUGGCUGAGGAUGCUUGGGGACAGUACUUGGCACAUGAAGUGACCAACCGCAAAGACUUUUCAGAUUGCAGCCCCUUGAUCUCUUGGCUUUUAGACGUGUACAGCGAAGACUGGAACAAGGAGUGGGCGGCUUACAAGCUUAGUUUGGAACACCCGGCGAUAGUGGAACGACGUACCCUGGAUCCAAAGCUGACUCGAGUGGAUCUCUUCACAGAUGGCAGUCUGAGGCAGAAUGACGACAAGGCUGAGUUGCAGGCUUUGACUUCCCUGGUGAGGUGGUUGUAUGGAGUGAUAGCGCCUAUGCUACAACUGGAUUCAAUCAACUUCUACAAGAUCGGAAUGACCUUCCAGAAGAUGCUGAAGAUGGACUGCGGAUCGAGAUGCCAGCUUUCCCCCCUGGCGCAACACAUUGCGGCGCACCAGUUGGGUUGGAUCGAAGAAGACCCAGUCGACGCUUGGCCAGCUGAGUGGAAUGACGGGGCAGAUCAAGAAGGAAGCAGGGGCAGCCCAUUUCUACGAGGUCCCCUGUUCCUGGUCGGCCGGGAAAGGCUCCUAGCCGAGCACCAUGGCAUGUGCCAACAGCUCACACAGUUGCAGAAACUGCACCUGGAUAUCUCAGAAUUUCGUCUUCGAUGA